CCCGGCAUAGUGGGGUGGUCCCGGGGAGAGACUGAGUGGCCUCUGACCUGGGGCUCCCUCUCGGUUGAUCCCCGGGUCCGUGGGUCGCUGCGUUCGGCCGGCCAGCUUCGCCCUGGCCAUGGCGCCCUGGCUGCGGCUGCUGUGGCUGCUGGUGCUGUUCCCGGGUGCGGCCUCGGUCCCCGCCCAGCCCCGGGCUGCAGGAGGGCAGGCCUGGGACCAGACCCCCCCGGAGCUGCGGGCGCCCGCUUACUUCGCUCUGGAUGUGUACAACCGCGGCCGGGCUCCCGGGACGCGGGCGGUGCUGCGGACCGUAUGCGGGCGCGUCCGCCGGGAGAGCAGGGGCUUGCUGUACUCUCUGAAAGCCACUCUGGAGGAGCCACCUUGUAACGAUCCCACGGUGUGCCUGCUCCCUGUGACCAGGAAAACCCUGCUUUGCAGUUUCGAAGUCCUGGAUGAGCUCGGAAAACACAUGCUGCUGAGGAAGGACUGUGGCCCUGUGAAUACCAAGGUUACAGACAACACAAACGAUACUUUCGGCUCAUUCCUUCCACUGUUGAAGGAGGAUCCUCCACCCCAGGACUUUUCAGUGAAGAUUGCUGCAGUCUUCAAGGACUUCAUUACUACCUAUAACCGGACUUAUGAAUCAGAGAAAGAAACCCAGUGGCGCCUGGCUGUCUUUACCAGAAACCUGGUACAAGCACAGAAGAUUCAGGCCCUGGACCGUGGCACAGCUCACUAUGGGAUCACCAAGUUCAGUGAUCUCACAGAGGAUGAGUUCCACACCAUCUACUUGAAUUCCUUCUUACAAAAGGAAGCUGGCAAGAAGAUGCAUCUAGCCAAGUCCAUCAGUGACCCUCCCCCACCUGAAUGGGACUGGAGGAAGAAGGGGGCUGUCACUAAAGUGAAGGACCAGGGCAUGUGUGGCUCGUGCUGGGCCUUCUCCGUCACAGGCAACGUGGAGGGCCAGUGGUUCCUGAACCGGGGAACCCUGCUCUCCCUCUCAGAGCAGGAGCUCUUGGAUUGUGACAAGAUUGACAAGGCCUGCCUUGGGGGCUUGCCCUCCAAUGCCUACGAAGCUAUAAAGAAUUUGGGAGGGCUGGAGACAGAGGAUGACUACAGCUACCAGGGCCAUAUGCAGGUCUGCAACUUCUCAGCACAGAUGGCGAAGGCCUACAUCAACGACUCAGUGGAGCUGAGCCAGAAUGAACAGAAGUUGGCAGCCUGGCUGGCCCAGAAAGGACCGAUCUCUGUCGCCAUCAAUGCCUUCGGCAUGCAGUUCUACCGCCAUGGGAUCGCCCACCCACUCCGGCCCCUCUGCAGCCCUUGGCUCAUCGACCAUGCUGUGCUGUUGGUGGGCUAUGGCAACCGCUCCAAUGUUCCUUACUGGGCCAUCAAGAACAGCUGGGGGCAUGACUGGGGUGAAGAGGGUUACUACUACUUGUAUCGUGGAUCUGGGGCCUGUGGUGUGAACACCAUGGCCAGCUCAGCAGUGGUGAACUGAGGGACUUGCUGGCACAGGACCUGGUGCUGACCACAGUGGCCCCUUCCUCAGCCUGACUCACAUGUCCAACCCCCUCCCCAUGAGGCAUGGCUGACUGAGGGACAGGCACUGGGUACCUCAGGGUGAGCAGGGGACCCUGGGCCCUUCCUUCCCUUCACCUCAUUCCCACUUGAAGUUCCCCAGCUGCAUCUUUAUUGAACUGUGGUAGCUAGGAGGAUCCUGAGGUAAAGGAGGCUUUUGUGGCAGCCAAAGCUGGGG